UUUAAAAAGACAUUCAAAUCUGGGAGUUCAUAACUACUGCUGGGGACAGAUAACACAUGGAUUUUAUAGUGAAGGGAAGUUUCCUAGAAGCUCAACCACUUCACAAUUAUAUUCGAUGUUUUCUGUUAGUUCAUAAUUAGUUUAUCGCACUCACAUCCCCUUUUCCUUAUUACCAACAAAAAGGAGAAAAAAAAUCCCCCUUUCCCCUUUGAACUUUUCAAUACUGUGUCGCUUUAGCCAAUUUCAACGUUUGAGUUUUUCAGGCAUUCAUUCAUUAGUUUCAUAAUCUGGACAUUCAACAAGCUUUUUUCAGGGUUUGAUUCGUAGUGUGCGCAUGGUGGGUUUUGCUGGAAGAUUUGUAUGAACGUAGUUCGGUUGUUUGAAAUAAUUCUGGGUGUACCUUACUAUCAGUCAAUUUGGAUUUGGAUCAAUUAAUUGCGUUGCGCUGCUGGAUUUGUUGACUUUGGUUUUGGGAUUUCGAAUAAUAGCGUUUUCAUUGAAAGUAGGUUGUUUUAAACGACGUGAGAUUUCAAGUGCCAAGUUUAUGAGAUACGAAAAUUGAGUUCGAAGUUGAGGUUUUUUGGAUCAAGUUGUUUAAUACCAUAUAAUCUUGUUUAUUAGUUGGAAGCCUAUUUUGGGGGUAGUUGCAGAAAGUUUAUGGAACUAGCUCGGCAUAGAGUUAUGGAGAAUGGGGUAGGUGAGGAGAUGGAGGGUGAAACUUCAGCACGGGUUCCCCUCAGGGAGCGCCGUGUCUACCCUGCUCAUCCUUCAUGCUUGGUGAGGAAGAGAGCUUAUAUAUUUGAUGGCAUGGGGAACUUUUAUCAUAAGGAUUGGGAUCUAGCAGACCUUUUUCAAAAAGAAGAGAAGGAAUCGGGUGUAGGAGAAGGCCGAGGAAAUGAGUUUUCUUGGUACCACGUUGAAUUACCGAAAGGAAAUCAAAAGUUGUCACAAUCUGCACAGGACCUGAUUGGUGUUUUCUGCCCACCUUUGAAACUCCAAGACAUUCUUUCACUUGUUAGCAAUGGACCCUUUUGUGCUCAUGUAGAUGGGGCGCUUGUCUUCCGGGUUAAUUCGCCUGGUCCUCCCUCCAGCGACUUCACAUUUAGGAUUGCUGCUAGAGUUACAGAACAUUCAGUAAUUACCGUUUCCUUGGGACGUGUUCCCAGGUUAGGCUUCUCACGUGUGGGUGAAUCUCUACUUUCGGAGAUUCCUAGUGUUGAAAGUUCCUAUCCUUCAAGAGGUCAGCAGCAGGAAAGGACAGUGAUCAAGGAGCAUGUUCUUGAAUUCUUAUUGACUAUGAAUCACUCUGAGGAAGCUGACAACCCUGUGCCUAGAUCUGUCUCAAAUCUUGUAGUUCACAUAAUUGACACACAUGUAGAUCAGAUUCAAGACCUUGUGACUAAGCUUGAGAUGGAGUUGGACUCCGUGGAGCUUGACUUGGAUAAAGGUGGUUAUGCUUUGAAGAAACAAAUGCUAGACGACAGAAGAUUCCCCAAACUGCAUAUUAAUUUGCAGCGUCUCUUGCAGGUGAUUGCCCAUGGAGAGCAAGUAUAUCUUCGGGUCAAAGAAAAAUGCUCUUCAAAAAGAUGGUUUGCCAGUGAUGACCUUAACUCCCUUGAAGAACUAAUUGGAAGGUUAAGGAGGCUGAAGGAGAAUGUGGGGUUUAUAGUAAAUCGUGUCACAGCAAUUCAGGCUGGUCUAGACAGCUGGCAGUCAGAGCAAAUAAACAGGAAGCUGUACUAUCUUUCGUUCCUUUCCAUAAUAUUCCUCCCUUUGUCCAUCAUAACAGGAGUCUUUGGCAUGAAUGUUGGAGGAGUUCCAUGGACAGGUCAAAAUACCCCAGAGCUAAAAGAAGGUUUUCGUAAUGUCAUGUUACUGUGUGUUGCUAUGUUAUUUCUUGUACUACUCUGCUUCAUUUUCCCGGCCCUUUAUACCCGUAUAGCGGCUGCCUGGCGAAAUAAGAGAGCUAUGGGAAGAAGCUGGUCACUGAACAGGAAGUCAUUGCUCAGGAGAUCAUUAAGAAUAGGAGAGCAGGAGCGAGGGGGCUAUCUUCGGAUUUGAUGGUUCAUGGGAUUGCCUAUUUCAUUCUAUGAAUGAACAUUUAAGUCAAUUAUUACUUCCUUCUGUUUUCAAGAAUGCCUCACUUGCAAGCUAUUUUAUUAGCUGCUUUUCAAUGGCUCGCAUGCACAUACAACAUGUAAUAAACUGGCAAUUAGUUGUCAGUAAAACAAUCAUCUGAAGCCUCAAUGGAAUUCUCAUGAAGCACAGAUUCUCUGGUACAGUAAAAUGGAGUUUGUGAUCAAGGCAAGCUUUAUUUCUUAUUCUUUCAUUGUUUUUCCCCCCCUUUAGGAGAGGAUAUAUGGAUCUAUCACUUUCUUUUUGGCAACUCUUAUUAGUACAUUUUAAACUUGUACAGUAUACUUUUCUUUUUUGGUUAGCGGCAGAUUUUUUUAAUUUCUUAUUUCUUAUGUUAUUAAUUGUCUCUGAUUGAUCAUGGAGGACCAGAUCAAGCUGCUUCGCUGGGACUGUAAUUGCUAUUCUCCUGCCCUUUUCUAAGCUUAUUAGUUCACUUUCUUGACAAUAAUUUUUUCUCUCUCUAGAGAAACAAUCAAACAAUUGUUCCUGUAUCAAUUUUCUUUUCUCA